AUUGCUGGCAGCAUGCUAGGUAGCUACAGUAUAUAGUUAGCUUGGUUCUUAUUCUAUGCGAAUGAGUCUGAGGGCAAAAUGGCUACAGCUUACAAUAUGUUUCAGUUAGAAACAACAUCGAUUAUGGCCGUUGUCGUCGAGACGGUAAUUACAGAAUUUAGUCCAUUUUUGCGCGUCGUGCCAAACUCGUACAAUCCGGAGAGAGAGUUUUGCACAAUUAUGAAUCUGGUGACGGGAGAGGCUAUUCGUAAAAUCUGCCAACUAUUCCUAGUGGCUUCCUCAAGUUUACAAAAUGAGAACGUGAAACUGAAGACCAAGGUCGAGCAGAUGACCCAGUUGUUUGAAAACAAUACACAGCCUGGUAAAAGUCCUGCAAAUUUUUGCGGUAAACCCACAGAGACAUCUUCAUUGGAGAAUGACUCCUCUCUGGGAGACACAGAUGGACUGAAUACAGACCUCUCCCCAAGAGACACUGAAUCCAACGUUGAGCAUAUGAGAGAUGCUAUGCCAGAGGGCAACGGGCGAGACAGCCAUGAAAGCCAGAAAAACAGCAAUACUAAAGGGACACGAUCCAAAGAAACCAAACGCUUCAAGUGUGAUAUUUGUGAGAAGACCUUCAGCCAGAACAAACGGCUGAUACAACACAAGCUAACUCACACAAGACCCUUCAAGUGUGAUGUUUGUGAAAAGACCUUCAGCAGGGAAGGGUCACUGGAAUCUCACACGCUAACUCACACAAAACCCUUCAAGUGUGAUGAUUGUGACAAGACCUUCAGCCGGAACCGCUUGCUGGUACGUCACAAGCUAAUUCACACAGGAGAGAGGCCAUUCGCUUGUGGCCAAUGUGGCAAAACAUUCACAAUGUCUAAGCAGCUCGAACAUCACAUGUUGCGUCACAGAGACAAAACACUCAGUUGCAAAGUCUGUGGAAAUACAUUCUUUACCAAAAAAGAUCUGAAACGACAUCAACUUGUUCAUGCAGUGGAGAGACCGUUCAAGUGCCUGACUUGUGGAAAGGGUUUCACAAAAAGGAAACUGCUUAUUGAGCACGAGAGAAUCCACACCGGUGAAAAACCAUACAGCUGUGCUGUAUGUGGGAAGAGUUACACACAGAGUGGAGGCCUGAGUUAUCAUAUGCGAACACAUACAGGUGAACGUCCGCAUUCAUGCUCAGAGUGUGGUAAGCGCUUUAUAACUAAAUCCAGCCUUGAAAAGCACAAGGUAAUCCAUACAGGGCAGAAGCCAUUUACAUGUGAGACCUGUGGAGCUGCUUUCGGCCAUAAAGGAAACCUUGUGAGACACCAAGUGCUUCACACAGGGGAGAGACCGUACAAAUGUAAAGUGUGUGGGAAAAGCUACCUUCAGUCCACCCUCUUAAAAGCUCACAUGCACCGUCAUGGGGCAACCAAACCAUUUAUGUGUGACCUAUGUGGGAAGACCUUUAUGUACAAUUUUCUAAUGAGACGACACCAUCUAAAAUGGCACACAGCUGAAGGAGAGAAGCAGAAAGAACGAGAGAGAAAAGAGAGAACGAGAGAGAGAACCGCCAAGAGACCGGGAACCUCAACAAAGCCAUUCAGUUGCGACAUAUGUUUGAACGGCUUCAGCUCCAUGUUAACUCUGAAAAACCAUCAACGAAUUCACACAGGACAAAAGCAAUACUCUUGUUCCAUUUGCGGAAAGACCUUUGCCUAUAAACAUACUUUUGACUAUCACAUGAGACUUCACAGUGGAGUGAAGCCCUACACUUGUAAAUACUGUGAAAAGAAAUUUGUUCUUAGGCAAGCUCUCGAAGGACAUGAGCGAACCCAUACAGGUGAAAAGCCCUUCAAAUGCAGUUAUUGUGACAAGACUUUUGCAGUCAACACCAAUCUCAAAAGGCAUGAGCGAGUCCACACGGGAGAGAAGCCAUUCAAAUGUGACGUCUGCGGGAGAGGUUUUGGCCAAGCCAACAACGUCAAAGCCCACAUGCAAGUCCACACUGGAGUUAGGCCUUAUUAUUGCAAGAGAUGUGGAAAGGGCUUUUCUGACAUAAGACACUACAAAAACCAUAGCUGUAAUGGUGUGGCAGUGACACACGAUCAGUCGAACAAAUCUUCUGACCGCACUUUCAGAAGUAGAAAAGGAGAACUGCGGUAGAGACAGGAGUGCUUGCCUUAAUGCUGCUGUGAUGUAGACUCAGUGAUAUAAUCUCUAUCAUUCACAGUGGGGCAACUUCCUGGUUUCAGACAUCAGGAACAACAGGGAUGUAUUCAGCAGGGUGAAAAGUUCUGGGGUGAGUUUCUGGAAUGCCUCAGCUGUCAUAUUACAUUUCACAACCCAGGCACAAGUAAAUUUGCUCCUCACAACCCAGAGCCCUUAUUGCCUCAUCCUAGUUUGCUCUUACUUUGAGGCAUGCUCACAUUGGGGAGAGCCUAUUUGACUUUUGUUUUAUUUCUGUUCAGCUAAACUACAAAGCUUAUUUUAUUUUUUUUAGGAAUUAAGGUUAGCUGUUUAGAAAUUGAGGUGUGUGUCUGAGGUAAUGCUUGGAGAUCCAGGGUUUAUGUUCAUGAGCCCAUUAUUUUUGACAGUUUGCUAAAUUGUCUGUUUAAUAUAAUUUUUUCUAUUGUGUAAAGAUCAUUAAAACACAUACAA